AUGGAGGGCGAGCAGACACGUUCACUGCUGCGUAACGUGAGUGACCGCGAUGAGUCGGGUGCUCGUGCUACUGCUGUUGAAGCGGAGGUCAGAAAAGAAGGCGAAUUGCAACAAGAAUGUCCCAGCCCCAUGUUUGACGAGACCACAACUAUGCCAACACUGGGCAGUUCCCCAUCAGACUCAAAGCCUAGACAGAUUAAAGCACGCAGAUCUGGCACUACUGGAGGCGAAUCCGAAGGACCACCAAUUGAACGGGCUUCAGUUGUCGGUUCCCCAAAUCCACCACUUCCCCAAAGCCACUUUAAAUUCUCUGAACAAGCGCCGCAGCCACCUGCUAUGAUGAACGCGGCAGUUCUUUCAGCAAAUGGUCCCCUUCUACCCACAAAGAGCCACACUAACCUCGCAGCAGCUGGGGGAGGAAUCAUAACAAAUGAGAAGUUCGCUGGUUUGCCGCUGCAUACUAACGACCUGGAGACACUGCGUCCUCAUUUAAUGCACUUCUGCCACGCGUACAACGUUCAAAUGAACGUUCAGGCUAUUCGAUCAUCAGCCGAUGAGAUGGAGCUAUUCUCUGUUAUCAACCGAAAAUUUCGGCAGAUCUUCAACAAACAGGAAGAAAUGCUGACCUUCAAGCCAUACGAUGCUUCCAAGUCCUCAAUGGAACGUUGGGGUCUUGAUAGCUGGUCACGCGCUGUCCUUAAACCCAGCAACUGGUUGCCCUACAUAAAAAUUCGACCCAAACGUAAUGAAUAUUUGGUCAAACUGAUCAUGGAAUUGCGAAAUAAGACGGUUACAGAUGAUUUACUAACUGCUGCAGCCAAUUUCCUGAGGAUUAAGUCACCUGAGAAAGUCCAGGAUUCUCUUCGUCACCACGCCAUGCUAGUGCAACACCCUCCAAUGGUACACUCCGCAUCUGUCGUCUCUCAUCGUCAAGGCCAAAGUACCGCUGAAGUUUUCAAAAAAAUUUACAGCAGCUCCGAUUUUUACGGCAAGACGAUGGAUUCGGAAGAAAGGGGAAAACGACAAAACGAGUACGAUUUCACUCAGGCGAUGCAAAUGCUGGGUUUGGAUGAUGCGGCCAAUGCAAAAGACGACCCAUCAAGUGUGCAGGGAGCAUAUCUGUCUUUCCUACAUCUCAGACACCUGAAACUAAGAGAUGUGAUGCGCACGUGCAUUUCUGUACUAAACUACUUCCGAUCAGUCGAACGCACCUUGACCAUCAACGAUCAGGGCCUGUCAAUGGGUUCAAAAGGCGCCGUGGAACGCAGUAGUCCGCCCAACCAUCGAACGGGUACGGAAGCUAGUGGCUGUCAAGGUGGAGGCAACAAUAUUGAGGGCCAUGGAUAUCUGUUUAACACUCCACACGAAUUCAAGAUAAAAGAAACUGAGUUUAUACAAUUCGCUGAAGUGGACAAUCACGACGACUUCUACUUCCACGAAGAGGGUCGAGUGCACGUGCGCGAUCAGGUCGGAUUUUGGAUUAUCUACGACUGCACAAUGGAAGAUUUCAGAAAAUUGGAGGAAGACUUGUUAUUGCUUGCCACUGCCUUCGUUCAGAAGGAUACGUGUUCUCGGGGAACCUCGAACUUCAAGCGAAAACAAGCCAACGCGGAGGGUCGAACUGCUGAUGUUGACAUCGCAUUGUACUCUCAUCGUGAGGUUGAUCGCUUCGGGAUUUUAUAUGAUAUGUGGACCAAUGAAUGCGCUUUUCAAGAGGCCAAGAAGAAGCUGAUGGAUGUGUACAUGGAGGCUUAUGGGCACAUUGUGUGUCGUGACAGUCGCCGUCGUCUUGCCCAGGUCAUGACAGACCUGAUCCACCAGCGCCCUCGGCUGGACUUGAACGAGAAUUACUUCGUUCUAGCCUACCGGUUCGAAUGUGCUUCACUGCGUCAGCGAACCGAAAUAAUGCGAUGUGCGUUAAACCGACAGAUCUACAACCAACGGGAAUACUUGAAGAAAAUCGACGCUGAUAAGCUGGAAUUUGGACUUCCACCGUGUUUAGUUGAAAAAUUCCCAAUUGCAAUUCAUUCUGACGAAGUCACGUUGACCCCCGUUCAUCUGCUCGAAUUUCACCCAUCGCUUUCGUGCACACCCAGUUUGGCUGAAGCGAUGGACUGCAGCGUGGGUCUGUUGUACGAGCUCUUCGCUCCCACACAACCGAUGCAAGAGAUUGUUCUGGAUAAACGCUUUUUUGACUUCUUACGAUAUGAAGUGGAGAAUCUGAAGCCCUUGGGAGCGUCAUAUACUGCCCAGUUACAGCGCGAUUUGGAAAAAUCUCCUAGUCGCGACCGGAUGCAGAACGCCUUCAUCAAGCGAACUCAAGGCGGUGGUAUCGCAUCUUCCAAAAGUUUUGUGGAGAGUGAAAAAAUUAAACGUGAAUUUAUCUCACAAUUUUGCGCCGACUUCGGUGAGAGGUCACAACAGAUUUCCCUGCGGGCUCAAAUCAUUUACACUUACAGCUCUAUCUUGACCAUUCUGGAAAAGGUACCGACGAUAACCGAAGAUUUCUUCGUGCUUGGCUACGCGUUUGAAAAGAAAGGCCCUGAGGAUGAUCUUGAUGUGCAGAUCACGGAUCCUCGUAGUUUACGCACACGCCCCCGACGUGUGCUCUCAACGGAUGGUACGAAGUUGUACAACUUGUGGUUCAUUCCGCACUUCAUCGAGGUUCUCUUUAUAUUUCGCCAUCUGGAUGACCAGUCUUGCACAAGGGCACUCCGCUGCAUGGCUCGACUGGCUUGUGUGCUGCACGACAUUCUCCAUUACCUCAUCGCCUACGCUCGACUUGGGAUCAGUUCAGCGAAAAUUACCCAAGAGCAGCGGAUGCAAAUCACAACGGGGGUUAGAAAGAACAUUAUGCAAAACGCGGGUCCUGAGGAACGACGAGGUCCACCACCCACGACUGAAGAAGCGGCCUCUAAUAUUGCAGGCGUUGCCAGUGCCAACACACCAAUGGCACAGAUGGUAGCAGCCGGUACCAUCGGCAGUAUGAACAUGACACUGGCUGCUCCCCCUCUGUCUGUGACUCCUUUGGAUUUGACCGUAAACAACCGUAGUCUGGUGAUGGAUCAAAUAGUCGAGGACAUAAGUGACUUUGACGGUGGGCCCAUGUCCACAUUAGCCACAGAGUUGCGUGAAAUUCAGUAUCAGAUCAACCAACUACCAGACCCAACGGAACCAGAACAAGUUAUUCAACUACUGACUUUACGUCGUGACGUAAUGUUCCUUCAGUUUGAUGUGUGUAUACGCACCGUCUUGCGCGAGACUUUUCUGGCAGCAGGAAAUCAAGAGGCAUGCCGGGAGGUGGAAGAAAACAGCCAUUUCCCCCUUUCUGCCCUAUCGAAUGUUCACAAACCGUGCCUCAACGCAGUGGAGCUGAAAGUACCGGAACCGUUGGAGGCAAGAGAUGAAAUGGCCCAAAAUAUGUUCCCCUGGCGAUCACUCAUGGGCAGCCAAGGACCUUUCUUCUUGUUCUGUUUUGGCCCAUCCAACGUGGAAUACAGCAUUCGAAUGUGCUUGGCAGGACUCCGACCAGUUGACAGACCCACCGUCCAUGGAGAGCUGCUAGCUAUGAAUCUGAGUUUGGAGGAUGUUCUGGAUGUGGGUGAGGUCCCGGAAGCAAAGGCUGGAGAGCCGCUACCCAUUCAGCAUGCGGAAAACAUGCACUGUAUGCUUGGAAAACGCGUACGUGAUCGACGAAGGGAAUUGUUAGGAACGAGCGCCGUCUCUCCUGCAGCCUCGAGCGCUACGGCAGGACCUCCAUCAGCAACUGGGAGCACAAAUCCUACUAACGCUCCUACGGCGUCUACACCGGCAGGUGCGAUAAGUGUGGGUAGUGCCACUCAAAGCACAGAGAAUGCCGGACAGAAGAGUUCUCACGCCGCUACUGUUGCCUCGGGUAUAGUGUCAGAUGAGAAACAUAAACUGAGCACAUUAGACACUCCCGUGGAAGCGUACACUUUGCUCAAAAAAUUUCUCAUACUCCGAAAACGGGUCGAAUUACUCAAGUACGCUUGGGGCAAACGACGCUUGGGAGUUGAGUCUAUCGACACACCCGCUUUGUUCAAGGUGUUCUGCUCAAUCUACAAGAGAGAAAAGUUAUAUCCAUUACUUCGAAGUUUGGCCAUACAAUACAAACAACCAGAUAUGUACGCCUUGGGACCGUUGGAGUCGACUGACGUACUUGUCAUGCCAAGUGGCAUCCCAGAGAUGGUCGUUCGACAGCGUCAGCUCUUGAAAUUGAUUGAAGCAUUCGAGUUUUACAUGAUUGCCGAUCUUCGGAAACUCAUCGUCAGGCAGAUAGAUCUGGUUAUCAAGGAAAGAAAUCGUGAGGAAGGCAAUCUCCCUUUGGAUUUAUGGAAGCGACCGGCUAUGAAAGAGACACUGUCGAUAAAACGGCCUGCGCUCGCGGACGAACUGGUUGUCCAACUCAGCAACAACCUACAACAUGACGAAAAAAAUGAUACAUACUGCAUAACCAAAGAUGCUCUGAACGAAGUGAUCCAGACAUUUGCAAUCUCGGUGAUGCGAAUGCAACGGGAAUCCUACGAAAGCUAUUCAAUGUAUUAUGAAAAUCUGCUGAAAAAUCAACACGGUCUAUUAUACGCAAAGGAGCGAGAGAUUGAAGGGCUGAAGGAAAUGUUGCGUCAGAAGGACUUAGAAACAAGUGUAACGGUACAGUUUCAAAUGUCUGAGCAAGUGCAUAACCUACUUUUGGAAGUGACUGCGCUGCGUGCUAAAAUAGCAGAACUGGAAGAGCUCAAUGGUAAAACAGAAGCGAAAGUUCGCGCACGCGUGAGGCGCGAGUUUAGCGUUGCGAUGCGAAAACUGUUCGGACUGAGUUUUGAGCAAAAAUCCCGGAUCGAUGAAUACCGAGAUAAUCUUCAUGCAAUCACGCUGCAACGAAUCGCCGAAGUGCGUGAGGAAGCGUCCGCAGAAAUGGCUCGCAUUAAGGAACGCAGUGGAGCUAGAACGUCCGCAGAGGAUGAAAUUGCUGAGCGGAAUCUCCGCUUAUCCAGAGAAGUCAGUACACUACAUCAACGGAAUAUACGGCUUCAACAGAUGAUGAAUCGCUUACGAGUGAUGGCGCAUUGGCAACAAACGACCUUACGCUGCACUUUCGAGAAACAAAUAAGCGGAGUCGAGGAUCAACGGAAUCGGAGCAAGACGCACGUCACCAGACUUGGUAUACUCUCCGAGCAGCGAGUUCGGUUGCUUAACGAAGAGAUGUCCAAAUUACGCGAUCAUUUGUCCAACACUGAGAAACAUCUCAAUGAUAUGCGAAAAGCUUUGGAUAAAGAGUUGAACGAUAAAGUGGAAAAAAAGCACGCGGCUGAACGGAAAGCGGCCACGGACAAACAGAUGGCAAUAGUGAAACAGAUGCAAGUCGAUCAGCUGAUGGCCGAGAUCGAAGAUAAGAACGCUGCUUUGGGAAAGUUGGAAUCAUUGUUGGACGCGAGCGCAAAAUCGAAGAAGCAGGAAGCAGAUAAAUCAGUCAGGGAAGUAGACCUGUUGCGCAAACAGUUGAGGGAAGAAAGGAAAUUGAAGAAAGCAGCUAUCCAGAAAGUGGAUGAUUUGAUGACUCAACUAUACGAAUUCGAAACAGCCUACGCUUCUGCACAAGCUGCAAAGGACGAUCGGAAUGUGUGCAUGAACAAAAUGCCGGAAGAGAGGAAAAAUGCACUCCCGGGAAUCGCAAAGACAAGAUUGACAGCUUCGAAACGCCCAACCACGUAUGAAGAGUUGCUGAGUCGAAAAGCAGGACCAUACUCCACCGAUCACUACUUGAAAUUCAGAAGGGAGAUGGUUGGCGUUCCCCAACUACGUCAGAGGUUGGCCCAGGAGCUUCUGCGGAGCGAUGCGCCACAAACACUUGUGCAUUACCUGCGAAUUCACGAAGAUACACAGGAGGAGUGA